GGAAGUUGUCCUUUCCGGCUCCGGUCUUACAGCAAGUGCAAAGAUGUUGAUGCCCAAGAAGAACCGUAUUGCUAUUUAUGAGCUCCUCUUUAAAGAGGGCGUCAUGGUGGCCAAGAAAGACGUACAUCUUGCCAAGCACCCCGAGCUCGCGGACAAGAACGUGCCCAACCUUCACGUAAUGAAGGCCAUGCAGUCUCUGAAGUCAUGUGGGUACGUCAAGGAGCAGUUUGCCUGGCGCCAUUUCUACUGGUACCUGACCAACGAGGGCAUCCAGUAUCUGAGGGACUUCUUGCACCUGCCCCCUGAGAUUGUGCCCGCAACCCUGCGUCGCCAGACCCGCCCUGAGACUGCCAGGCCCCGCCCUAAAGGUCUGGAAGGUGAGAGGCCAGCUCGCUUGGCCCGUGGUGAGGCAGACAGAGACGCAUACAGGAGAUCUGCUGCACAGCCUGGUGCUGAUAAGAAGGCUGAAGCUGGUGCAGGAGCUGCUACAGAAUUCCAGUUUAGGGGUGGUUUUGGACGUGGCCGAGGCCAGCAGCCUCAGUAAUUUUUCCACUAUAUCUGUACAAUAAAGUCCUGAGUGACAGA